UUUUUGACGUAAAAAACCUGUUUUUUAUUUUUACAAAGGUAAAAUAAUAUGUAUAUAUUUUAUCCCCUCUCUAAAGAAAAUAUAUUUUUUACAAAACUUUUGAAGUAAACUCAAAGGUAUUUUAUUGUAAAAAGCACUUAAUUUAUUACCUAAGGUGUACUGCCCAACCCUGCAUAACAAGUAAGAGAGAAAGAAGACUUACUACCCAUCUCUGAACUAAAAACAAGUCUAGAAAAGUAGAAAAAAUAUGUAAACUUUUUGUAAAUAAACAGUAAAUCCAGUGAAUAAAAGGAAAGGAGAGAAAAAAAAUUCAUUUUAAGAAAAUAAUUGAAAAAUGUUCACACCACUGCAGAUAGUAACUUCUUCCCUAAUUUCUCGAGAUAAACCUGACAUUAAUUUACAUGAAAAUGUAAUUCACAGGGAAAGAACAGUAAAUGAAAGUAAUUCUUUAGAAAAUUUGGACUACCAAGCAGAAUUAAGUAAAAUCAAAAACGACGUGAAUAAUAAAUUGAAAAUGAACAACAAAUUCCUGAACAAAAAGAAGAAUUUCGACAAUAACAUCAGUAAUGUUAAAAAACGUUGUGAAACAGAAACUCGAAUUUACCAAACAUCUUCAUUGAUGGGCAAUAGUAGAGAUGAAAAAUUACAAAUGACUUCUGCUGAUAAAUAUUUAACUACGAUUCAAAAAAUAAAAGAAGGAAAAAAUGGACAAAAUGCUGUAAAUAAACAUUCUUUACACAAUCGAAAUUGGAUAAUAGGACAAAUAGCGACAAAAAAAGACAAUGACGAUCUAAAUGAUUCAAUUAACAAUAAGAUUUUUAAAGGGAACUGUGUCCUUAAUAAAGAAGAAAUAUACAAUUUUCCUCCUAUGGCAUCUGAAGAAAAAAAAGAAAAAUAUAAAAAAAGAACCUGUAUCGAUGAAUUCAUUGAAUUUAAGGACAAAUGUAAAGUAUUUAAGAAACCGAAGCAAAUUGAAAAUGAAGACUAUUCGUCAUCUUUCCUCAUAAAAAAUCCAUCGAAACGUGAUGAAAUAAUUAGUGAAAAGAUAAUCACGCCAUUUAAAAAUCUAAAAACAUCUUUCUUCAACGAUGUUGAUAAUCCCUCAACUUCGGAAUUAGUGAAAUUUAAAAAAGGAUCACGGGGCAAAAAGGAAAAGGAUUUUGCAGCUGAAUGGAUUAGAGGACGUGCUAAUAAACGGGAAAGAAAUAUUGCUAACAAUUUUGAUGAUGAAUCAGUUUCGAUGAAGAUUCAAGGCGAAGAUGAGCGUUUUAUUGAUUUCAAUAAUUAUUGUCUUAGUAAUGAAAAAUCACGUGAGAACAAAAGAUCUUUCACAUCGUUUGAUGAAGAAACAAGAAAUUCCAAUCACAGUCAGAUCAACAAUCCAACAAUGACUAUAUCAAAUUCAUUGCAGUAUACAAGGGAAAUUGUCAUUAGAAAGACAAAAGUAUCGAAAGUAAAUUUUCCACCACACAUUUUUAAUUAAAAGUUUAAAAUUAUAUAUGUGACGCACUCCCGAAAAAGGUAAACGACGUUUCUUACUAAGAAAAGUAAACGAUUUACAGGUUUUUAUAUGGUUCGAAUUUUUAAUUUUUACUUGUAAGGUUAAAACUAGUUUCUAUUUAAUAUUUUUGACAGAUAGAGAAAAAUUAAAGAAUAAUUUAUUCUCUUUCUGUAUUUUCGCUCUAGAAAUUAAUUUUUUUUUUUUUUUGAGGUUUUUUUUAGGUACUUUUAAAACGCGUCACAUACAGUUUAUGUAUUUUCUACUCGAAAGAAUAAUUUAAAUGUUUCCUUAAUAACUUAAAUUAUUGAGUAUUGAGCUUAAAUUUCCAAUUGUAAUUAUUUGAUUAAAUAAAUUUCAUUAAUAUUAUUAAUUAAUUGAAGAAAGAGUUUCGAAUUAUCUUCUAUAUUAAUAAUCA